GUCUCGCACACCCCACCUAGCCCAGCGCCCCCACAUCCUGUGCCCCCCCCGCCUGGUAUCCCUGUAUUCUGGCACCUCCAAACCCCAGUGAGCCCUGUGUCCUGCACACACCCCCAGCCCCCAUAUCCCAGUGCUCUUGUAUCCCACCGGCCCCCUGUAUCCCGGCACCCCCCGUAUCCCAGCGCCCCCAAACCCCGGCGCCUGCGGCCGGGCGAUGAGCGAGCUCAAGGACUGCCCGCUGCAGUUCCACGACUUCAAGUCGGUGGAUCACCUGAAAGUCUGCCCGCGCUACACUGCCGUGCUGGCCCGCUCCGAGGACGAUGGCAUUGGCAUUGAGGAGCUCGACACGCUGCAGUUGGAGCUGGAGACGCUGCUGUCCUCGGCCAGCCGCAGGCUGCGGGUGCUGGAGGCAGAGACGCAGAUUUUGACAGACUGGCAGGACAAGAAGGGGGACAGGCGGUUCCUGAAGCUGGGCAAAGAGCAUGAACUGGGCACCCCAGUUAAACAUGGAAAGCCCAAGAAGCAGAAACUAGAGGGGAAGGGUGGUCACGGCACAGGGCCUGGCCCUGGGCGGCCUAAAUCCAAGAACCUCCAGCCCAAGAUCCAAGAAUAUGAGUUUCCAGACGACCCAGUUGACAUGCCUCGGAUCCCCAAAAAUGAUGCCCCGAACAGGUUCUGGGCCUCAGUGGAGCCCUACUGUGCUGACCUCACUAGUGAGGAGGUGCGAACCCUGGAGGAGCUGCUCAAACCCCCGGAGGAUGAGGCUGAGCACUACAAGAUCCCACCCCUGGGGAAGCAUUACUCUCACCGCUGGGCCCAGGAGGAUCUGCUGGAGGAGCAGAAGGAUGGUGCCCGGGCAGCAGCUGCUGCUGACAAGAAGAAAGGCAUCCUGGGACCGUUAACAGAGCUGGACACAAAAGAUGUGGAUGCCCUGCUGAAGAAGUCAGAGUCCCAGCAGGAGCAGCCUGAGGACGGCUGCCCAUUUGGGCCCUUGACGCAGCGCCUCCUGCAAGCACUUGUCGAGGAAAACAUCAUCUCGCCCAUCGAGGACUCCUCGAUCCCAGAGCUGGUGGGCAAAGACUCGGGAGCUGACGGUGCCGGUACUUCGCCCCGCAGCCAGAACAAACCCUUCAGCGUCCCCCACACCAAGUCCCUGGAGGGACGGCUCAAAGAGGAGCUGAUUGCCCAAGGCCUGCUGGAGUCGGAGGACCGCCCCCCUGAGGACUCGGAGGAUGAGGUCCUGGCGGAGCUGCGCAAAAGGCAGGCCGAGCUCAAGGCGCUCAGCGCUCACAACCGGGCCAAGAAGCAGGAGCUGCUCAGGCUGGCCAAGGACGAGCUGCACAGGCAGGUUCUGCGGCAGCGGGUGCGCAUGGCUGACAAUGAGGUCAUGGAUGCCUUCCGCAAGAUCAUGGCGGCGCGCCAGAAGAAGCGCACGCCCACCAAGAAGGAGAAGGACCAGGCCUGGAAGACCCUGAAGGAGCGUGAGAGUAUCCUCAAGCUCCUGGAUGGCUAAUGGGGAAGGGCCACACCCUGCCCUGUCUCUCCAGACUGGCUGCGCAGCUGGGCUCCCGGUGCCUGCACUGACAGCUCCUUGCUGGGCACAGGGAGGCUCCAACCCUGGGCCUUAGCAGUGACUUCCCCGUCCCUGUCUCAGUGGGGCUGGGCA